AUGUCUCCUGCCGCUCCCCCCAUUCUGGACUUUUCUCCCUUCUACGGCCAAGACAACCAGGCCAAAGCACAGCUGGUCGACGAGAUCCGACGAUGCUGCCACUAUAACGGCUUCUUCCAGAUCACCGGCCACAGCGUGCCUCUGGACCUCCAGCGCCGUGUCAUGGCCUGUGCCAAACGCUUUUUCGAUCUGCCUUUGGAGGAGAAGAUGAAGAUUGACAAAAAUCGCAAUGCUUUCCACCGCGGCUAUGAGCUUCUCCGGUCGCAGAUGCUGGAAGCUGGUACUUCUCCUGAACUAAAGGAGGGGUUGUAUAUUGGUGAAGAAAUCCCAGAGGACCAUCCGUACUUUUUGCAGAAGAAGAUCAACAGUGGUCCGAAUCAAUGGCCUCAGGGCAUCGAGGAUAAGGACGAGUUUGAGAAGACGACGAUGGAGUAUUACAAUGCCGUGUCUUCUCUCUCUAAAGACGUUCUAUCUGUGUUGGCCUUGACGUUGAAUGUCGAGUCAAACUAUUUCGACCCAUUGACUGAUGGGAAAGUGGCGACAAUGCGAUAUCUCCACUACCCAGCACAGCCAAAAGACGCUGAUGAGAAGCUCAGCCGGGGUAUCGGAGCGCAUACAGACUUUGGCAUUUUGACUCUGCUGCUUCAAGAUGAGGUCGAUGGUCUACAAGUGCUAGAUGCGCCUACCGGACAGUGGCUGGAUGUCCAACCCGUACCCGGUGCCUACGUGGUCAAUCUGGGCAACCUCUUCAUGCGCAUGGCCAACGACAAGUACAAGUCCAACACCCACCGCGUCAUCAACAAGUCUGGUCGCGAGCGAUACUCGAUUCCGUUCUUCUUCAGCGGCAAUCCAGACUAUCUCUGCCAGUGCUUGCCCAACUGUCGAGAGGAAGGCGAAGAGGCCAAGUAUCCGCCGAUUACUGUGCAGGAUAUGGUGACCCAAGCGUACAAUGAGAGUUAUGGCCGGGCAAUCAAGUACAAGGAGGAGAUGCAGAAGGAGACCGUUGAUGAGUCGGUGGAACAGUUCUAUGGCUCGUCGACCACUGCUGCAUAUCGUCUCAAGUCAGAAGUGGUUGGACGAUGCAUGGAUGAGAUUGGCAUGGGAAAGUUCCAAUUGAAGUUGUUUGUGGUGACUGGCUUUGGAUGGAUUGUCGACAAUUUUGCAUCCCAAGGCAUUGGCAGUGUUCAACCUCCGAUUGAAGUCGAAUUCCCUGGCAUCGUGCAGGUCAGCUACAGCUCCGUUGCAUACUAUGUCGGUCUCAUUCUGGGUGCUUCCUUCUGGGGUAUUUCCAGUGACUUGAUCGGUCGUCGACCUGCUUUCAACAGCACUCUUUUGAUUGCUGGCAUCUUCCUCUGUGCUGCUGCUGGAUCGAUGAAUUUCAUAGCAUUCAGUGCGCUGUGGGCUGUGAUUGGCACUGCAGCGGGAGGAAAUGUUCCUGUCGACUCGAUGAUUUUUUUGGAAUUCGUGCCUGGCAGUCAUCAAUAUCUUCUGACGGCACUUUCUGCCUGGUGGAAUCUGAGCCAGCUGUUUGUUUCGUUAAUUGCCUGGGUCUUCCUGGCCAACUUUAGCUGUCCAACAGAUGCAACUCCAGCGACUUGUCCUCGGGGAGAGAAUAUGGGAUGGAGAUAUACGUUGAUCACCAUCGGAGGACUAUCACUCGUCUUCACCUUUUGUCGCAUCUUUGUCUUCAGACUGCCAGAGACACCUAGAUAUCUUCUAUCCAAAGGCAAGGACCAGGCUGCUGUUGAUGCAGUCAAUUACGUCGCACGACAGAAUGCCAAACCAGAACCGUUGACAAUUGGCAUGCUACAAGAGAUCGAUGCCCGUCUGGGCACAUCGACAGCCAGCCAGCCAGCAUCUCUAUCCACCAAAGAGAUUAUCAAGGAGAACCUGCAAGCCUUUCGAGGCUCUCAUUAUCGUGCUCUUUUUGCAACCAAGAAACUGGCCAUCCAUACAGUCAUUAUCUGGGCGAUCUGGUUGACGAUUGGCAUUGCAUAUCCUCUGUAUUUCAACUUUCUGCCUUCGUAUCUGGCCACCAAGUUCACUCAGGACUCCUCUCUUGAUCUAACGUAUCGCAAUUACUGCAUUACAUCGGCUGUUGGAAUCGUUGGACCACUGUCUGCUGCAGUUUUGGUCAACACUCGUCUUGGUCGACGGUGGAUGAUGGCGAUUUCGUCUGUCGUGACUGGUGUCUUUCUCUUCGCGUAUGUGGGAGUGAGCGAUGAGACGUCCAGUCUGGCUUUCUCUUGUGUGACUUCACUGCUGGCCAACUUUGCUAACAGAUCAGAAUACGCCGUCAUGUAUGCCUUUACCCCCGAGUCCUUCCCUGCCCCUCACAGAGGCACAGGGACCGGAACAGCAGCGUCACUUUUGCGACUGGGAGGACUCGUUGCCAGUUUGGUAUCGUCACAGAUUGGAUUCACGACUGCGCCGAUCUACGCCAGUGCCGCGUUGUGGAUUGCCGUUGGAGUGAUUUGCAUUGGACUGCCUUUUGAAACACAUGGCCAUGAAGCGAUUUAA